UAUGCCUUUUAAACCUCCAAGUCAGAUUGUGACAAAUUCUUCCUCAAAUGUAGAUUUGGAGUUCAUGAAGUGUACUUCGGUGGAGUUGAAUAAGCUGUUAUCAAAACAAUGGGUUUCUUCACAGACUACUGGCUGUCAGUUUUUCCCAACUCCAAGUAGUAAAGAAACAGUGCAAGAGCAGGGAUUGCUGAUGUCCAAAACUGUUCCAGACUUGCAUAUGGAUAAUAAAAAAUCCUUUUUCAGAAUGGGAAAGUCCUUGUGUCCAGAAAAUGAUAUGUCUGUCCUCUUACCUGCUCAUAGAACACAAACUCCACUUGUUUUUGGACUUAUAGAUAAGCAGCUUUCUGAUUCCCAACUUUAUUCCAGUGCAAAGAUCUGUAAACAGAUUCCUCACUGUUGUGGUUUCUCAGUAGUUAACACAUAUGACAAGUCAGAAAUGUUAGGGCCUGAGGACAGGAUGUGUAAAAUUUUUGCGGAUGAAAAGUAUAUAGGAGUAAGAGACAAGAUUGCUAUACAGAAUGCAUUUCCUAAUGUGUCUGAACAAAAGGAACAAAGCAAAUGGCAGAAAUACCACAACACAACUGGUUGUGAUUUGAGAUCUCAAAAUAGCAAUGAAGUGGCCAUGGCUGAUGAUAUCCAAGCUGAGAAUUUUUUAGGAAUGUCAUUAGAAUACAGAAGAGAGAAUCAGAGUAAUGUCAUCUAUAAAAGCCCUCUGGACUCUGUGCAUCUGGAGACAAUAAAAAGCAUGCUUUGUAAACAGCAGCGAAACUUUAUCAGCCAAGAUUCUAUUUCAGAAAGAAAGAAACUUUCCCUGCACUUAAAUCAACAUUUUUGCACUGAGGAAGCUCUAACUGAGUUAGGUCACCUGAUUUUUCCCAACAUAACCAGAGAUAGCAAGGACACUUCUGAACUGUAUUUCCCUAGGGCGGAUAUGGUAAAGAAUACUAAUGUACCUAAAAGGCAGAAAUACAUUCCAGUUGAGUUUCAGUCACCAGCACACUAUAAGAAGGUUUUUACUACUGCAUUGAUAGAACAUUUAAACGUAUUAUUGUUUGAAUUAUCACAAAACCUACAUAAAGCUCUUGGGAAAGUGGAUAUAUCUUUCUAUACAUCAGUGAAAGAAGGGCAACAAGAGAAUUCUGCACCUCUCUGCAGCCACAAAAUAGCAACUAAACUUGUUAUGGUUAGAAAAGAAGGCCGAAAUAAGGGUCGUUUUUUCUAUGCUUGUGAUGCUGCUAACGCAGAUCGAUGUGAUUUUUUUAAAUGGCUUGAGGAUGUAAAACCUACACAGAUGGAGAGUAAACCUUGUAUUAUACUUCAUGAUAUAAAGAGUAUUGGAACUUAUCUCAGAUGUCAAAGAAUUUCUAUCUAUGAAGAAUGCCAACUUCUAGUAAGGAAAACUUUUGAUAUUCAAAGAAAACAGUUUGGUAAACAGAAGAGAUGUAGUAUUGCAAAGGCUAGCUUUGAUUGUGAUUCUAAUAGCAAAUUAUUUCUUAAACUGAACCGGAAGGAGCACUCUUCUAUGUACAGCAAAGAUGAUCUUUGGGUUGUUUCCAAGACUUUGACCUUUGAACCCUUGGACACUUUCAUUGCAUGUAGUGUUUUCUUUGGACCAUCCUCUAACAAUGAAGUGGAGUUGGAGCCUCUCAAUGGUUAUAGCCCCUCAAAUUGGUGCUCAAAUAUGAUUGUUCAUGCCUUGCUUGUGUGUAAUGCUAGCACUGAACUUACAAAUUUGAGAAAUAUACAGGAAAAUGUCAGUUCAAUCACUUUGCCAAUCAUGCAACAUCUGCUUAUGAAGACUUUCAAGGAGUUAUCUCCAAAAACCAAAGAGAGGAAACAAAAGUUUAAACCACCAGCGCUAAAUACAAAUGCAAUAGCAUCCAAAGCUUUCAGCCCAGAAACAGUUAUAAAUCUUGCUAGUAAAAUUAUUCAGGCUUUUCAGCUAAAUAAGGAUCAGGCCACAGCAAUGAUGCAGAUAGGUGCCAUGAUGACAUCACAGGAAAUUAAUACAGAAACAGGGAAACAUCAGACAUUUCCAAUAACAAUAAUACAUGGUGUAUUUGGAUCUGGAAAAAGCUUGUUGCUGGCUAUUGUUAUUUUAUUCCUGGUACAAAUAUUUGAAAUCAGUGAAGCAGCUAAUGGCAAAAGGUCAGCGCCAUGGAAAGUAUUGGUUUCUUCUUCCACAAAUGUUGCUGUAGACAGAAUACUGUUGAGCCUAUUAGACAUUGGAUUUGAAGACUUCAUUAGAGUGGGAAGUGUUAAAAAAAUUGCAAAGCCAAUACUUCCUUACAGCUUGCAUGCUGGCUCAGGACCUGAAAAUGAACAGCUGAAAGAAUUACUUGCCUUGAUGAAGGAAGAUUUAAGCCCAGUGGAAAAAAUCUUUGUGAAGAAGACUAUUGAACAUCAUAAACUGGGCACCAAUAAAGCUUCCCUGAGAAAGGUGAGGGUAGUGGGAUCUACCUGUGCAGCCUGCUCAUUUCCAUGCAUGAAAAAUCUUAAGUUUCCUAUAGUGAUUCUAGAUGAAUGUAGUCAAAUGACAGAACCUUCAUCUCUGCUCCCUAUUGCAAGCUUUGAAUGUGAAAAGCUGAUUCUUGUUGGAGAUCCUAAGCAGCUACCACCUACCAUUCAAGGGUCUGAAAGUGCACAUGACAGUGGUUUGGAACAAACUCUCUUUGAUCGACUCUGUUUGAUGGGAUACAUGCCUAUAUUACUUAAGACACAGUAUCGUUGUCACCCUGUUAUUGCUGCUAUAACCAAUGAACUAUUUUAUGAAGGAAUUAUGUUGAAUGGAAUUUCUGAAACAGAUCGAAGUCCUCUCAUGGACUGGUUACCAACCCUGUGUUUUUAUAAUGUUAAUGGAUCAGAACAAAUUGAAACAGACAAUAGUUUUCACAAUAUGGCAGAAUCUUUUUUCAUUGUCAAAUUAAUACAGUCUCUGAUUGCCAGCGGAGUAGAUGGAUCUAUGAUUGGGGUAAUAACCCUCUACAAAUCCCAAAUGAGCAAGAUCCGUAACUUGCUUGGUGCUGUACGCAUGGAUGCUACACAAAUCAAGACUGUCCAGGUGUCUACUGUUGAUGCUUUUCAGGGAGCAGAGAAAGAAAUAAUUGUUUUAUCUUGUGUAAGGACGAGACAAGUUGGCUUCAUAGAUUCAGAAAAGAGAGUGAAUGUGGCUCUGACAAGAGGAAAGAGACAUUUAUUGAUAGCAGGAAAUCUAAACUGUUUAAGAAAGAACAAAUUGUGGGGACGUGUUAUUCAGCACUGCACAGGGAGAAAGAAUGGAUUACAACAUGUUAGCCAAUGUGAGCGGCAACUGAAUGAUAUCAUUAAAUCUUAUUUCACAAGGAAGGUGGAAGAAGAAAUGAACAUGGAAAAGGAAAAAUCUAAAAAUGAAUCACUUUCACAAAAAACAAACACAUAAAAAUAUUGGAUUAUAUCAAUGGUUUCAUCUUGAAUAUCGGAAUUAAAUAACAAUUUUGAUAUUUUCAAGUGCCACCAGUAAUCCUGUUACAUGCAUUAGAGGUUUUUAAGAAAGUUUAAAUAUAAUAAAUAACUUUAUAUUGUAACAAGAUCAUUUCUAAUGAAAGCUAACUUACUAGGAACGGUACAUUCCAUGUCAACAUACUUUUUCUUAAUACAUGGUUAUUUUAAUUCUUAUACUACUCUGUAAAUAUAAUGGAAUUAAAUAAACUCAGUUAUUUUAAGAUGUUUUUUCAUAAAUUAUGGAUUACAGUUCUCACUAUUAAAAUA